AUGGUAAGCCGUUUACAGUUUACUGAUCGGACGGCACUUGAACGUUAUGCGGAUGCCUUGCAACAGGUAAUUUCGCGGCACGAUAUUUUACGUACCGUCUUCAUCUGGGAAGGUCUCAAUGAACCGGCACAGGUCGUUCUGCGCCAGGUUCCUACGUUACUCGCCGAGAUUAGAAUUGGUGAUACCGAAGUAUCUGUAGUAGAGCAAUUGAGUGACCAAUUCAAUCCGCGUCACUACCGUUUAGAGUUGACACAAGGACCGCUAUUUCGAUUGAUGGCAGCGCCAACACCUGGAGGUAGCUGGGUAGCACUUCAACUUAUGCACCACAUAAUUGCUGACCAUUCAUCAGUGGAGAAACUAGCAGCAGAAGUUCAUGCCAUUAUCGACGAAAAGAUCGAAGAGUUGACUACGCCAACAUCAUUCCGUUAUCUCGUAGCCCAGGCUCGACUAGGAGCCACAUCAGAUGAGCAUAAGCGAUUCUUUACCAAAAUGCUCAGUGAUAUUGACGAGCCAACCUUGCCAUUUGGCCUGAGCGAUGUUGGCCUAUGUGGAAUGGAGAUCAAUGAAGCACACCUGAUGCUACCACAGAUACUCAACGAUCAACUCAGGGCAGAUGCACGUAAGUUGCUGGUUAGUUUGGCUAGUGUUUGCCAUUUAGCCUGGGCACAAGUGCUUGCUCGAACUAGUGGUCGUGAUGCAGUGGUCUUCGGUACCGUGCUACUUGGCCGUUUACAGGCCGGAGAAAAGAACCAUAACAUCAUGGGACCGACGAUUAACACGCUUCCAAUGCGGCUAAAUAUUGAUGAGAGGAGUAUAGAAAUUGCAGUACGCCAUACUCAUGCACGGUUGAGUGCAUUGCUAGCACAUGAACAUGCAUCACUUGUGUUGGCACAACGCUGCAGUGGGUGUCCAACUGGCUUGCCACUAUUCAGCGCUAUACUGAACUAUCGCCAUAAUCGAAAGACCGAGCAUGACACUGCGUCACUUUCUGGAGUUACUUUUUUGGGUGGUGAGGAGGGAACAAAUUACCCAUUAGUUCUGUCGGUUGAAGAUGAUGGCAAUUCUCUAAGACUGGUGCCACAAGUGAUUUUACCGAUAUCAGCAACUCGGAUCUGUGGCUAUAUGCAACAAGCUCUGGAAUCAUUCGCCUAUGCGCUAGCGCAAAAUCCUCAGCCACAGCUAAGGACAUUAGCAGUAGUUCCAAUAGAAGAGCGAACGUUACUGCUGCACACCUGGAAUCAAACAACGGUAACUUAUUCACCCACCUGCUGUCUUCACCAAUUAUUUGAGGAGCAGGUUGAAUGCGAGGGAGAGGCGACUGCUGUAAAAUUUAAUGGAGAGACUCUGAGCUAUAAAGAACUCAAUACAAAAGCUAAUCAACUAGCACAUUAUUUAAUUGCACGUGGCGUCAAACCCGAUGACCGCAUCGCACUUUGCGUUGAGCGUAACACAACAAUGCUCAUUGUAAUGCUGAGUAUUUUGAAGGCCGGCGGCGCAUAUGUACCACUUGAUCCGGCUUACAGUAGUAAGCGACUAACUAAUAUUUUACAGGAUGCCAAACCUAUGUUUUUGUUGGCAGAUGCUACGGGUCGGAAAGCACUCGGAGACCAUCAAGUACCAAUGCUUGACUUGGAUAAACCGUUGUGUGUCAAUUUAUCAAUUAAUAAUCUGGAUGUUACUGUACUUGGAGUUACUCCAGGCCAUCUGGCCUAUAUUAUUUACACCUCUGGUACAACAGGAACACCGAAAGGAGUAAUGGUUGAACAUCACCAGGCAGCACAACUUCUCAAGUCCGUAAACGACAAAUUUGAUUUUGAUAAAAAGGAUAUAUUCUGUACAUGUCAUUCGAUUUCUUUUGACUUUUCUGUUUGGGAGAUAUGGGGUGCAUUAUGCUAUGGCAGUCAAUUGUCGAUUGAACCAUCCAAUAUCACCCGCUCCGCAGAUGAAUUUUAUGAUUGGAUCUGUACGAGUGGUAUUACUGUACUACAUCAAACCCCAUCGGCAUUUAAAACGCUCAUGACAGCCAAUAAUAUAAGUUUGCGAUCCAAUCAACUGCGAUAUGUGCUCUUUGGUGGUGAAGCGUUGGAUCCAUUGAUUUUGAGGGACUGGUAUGCAAAGUACGCAAAAAGUGAAACGAUUUUAUUAAAUUUGUAUGGCCCCACUGAAACUGUUAUAUUUGCGUCGUGUUGGAUCUGUGAUAACAAGAUUCCCGAGAACUCGCUGACCCCAAUCGGUCGUCCACUGUAUGAUAAGCGUAUUUAUCUGCUGGAUGCAUUUGGUGAGCCAGUGCCACUAGGAGCUGAAGGAGAAUUGUAUAUUGGUGGUGAUG